AAUCUAGGAGGGAGCAAGAAAGAGAGGAAACUGUGGAUCGGCGUUUGGCAAGGCAGCCUUAUGCAGGCGCUUGAAGGAUGGGUGUAGUAACUGGAAACAAAAUGUACUGAACCAGUUUGUUCUGUGUACCGAAGCUGCUAGAUUUGGAAUCCAGAUUUAACAUGAGAAGCACAUACCAUCUGGACCGUACUGGCACCAGUACAAUGACAACAGUCUCUGAACCUUAGUAAUCUAUAAAACAGUAGAAUAUAACUGCAUUUUAGAGGACAUAUGUUUUUUUUAACAUCUGUGUUGAAAGCAUAACACUACUUGUGCAGGCACGUUUCACCAUGGUUAGUUAGUGUUCAGAGACCUCUGUAUACAUUUAAUGGUUUGAUUCGAGUGUUUUUUUUUUACAUUAGGGAUCAGUGAGAUUCACGAAGAAUGACACCUUAUUUUCACCUAAAAGAUAAAGUGCAUUUCAAGUUAAACCUUUGGGGGAUAUGCUUGGUUGUGUAGUGGGAGGGAGAGUGUAGGUAAGAGCGAAAGAGGGAGGGAGGGAGGUGUACAUUUCUUUGUUGGCGGUGCCCAUCCAAACCGCAAAUAACAUCACAGGCACUUUGUCCAACCUACUUCAUCCGCUACUGCUGCCAACCUUCGGAAUUACAGACGGAUGCUUCUCUCUGCUCCCGCUGCGAGCGAGCGAGCGCGCGCUGCUGGUGCUUCUUCUCUAAGAUUUCUCCGCGCCGCUGCUGCUAUUCUCACCAUUUAUUUCACAGUAAUGGCAAAACGGGUCACCUCGUACAAUUUUUAUACGUUUUGUAUUGAAAUAUAUGGUUUCAACGGAUUUCGAGGAAACAUACACAUCUCGUGAAGCCCUGGCUGACUUGACAACUGGGGGCAAAAUCUCACGGUGUCCUGUACGCGGUCAUAUGUGAACCUUGGUCAUUCUGGGUUUAAGUUUCACUUCUUACCCGACGAGAGAUUGGGGAGAGCAAAUAUUUUCUGACUCCUGGGAAAGACGUGGAGCCAUGGGGCUCCGGGUGUGGGACGGCUGGCUGUCAUGUCUGCUCCUCCACGCCUCCCUCCUCCCCCUGCUCGGCGCGGCGGCGGAGAGAACCUGCCCCAGCACCUGCCGCUGCGAGGGCAAGAUCGUCUACUGCGAGUCGGGCGCUUUCCAAGGGACCCCCGAGAACAUCUCGUCGGGCUGCCAGGGCCUGUCUCUGCGCUACAACAGCUUCCUCAGCCUGCUGCCCCACCAGUUCGGACACCUCAACCAGCUGGUGUGGCUCUACCUGGACCACAACUCCAUCAGCGCCGUGGACAACCAGGCCUUCCAGGGCCUACGGCGGCUCAAGGAGCUCAUCCUCAGCUCCAACGGCAUCGCCCACGUGCAGAACGGCACCUUCUACAGCGUGCCGAACCUGCGCAACCUGGACCUCUCCUACAACAAGCUGCAGACUCUCCUGCCGGGGUACUUCCAAGGGCUGCGGAAGCUCCAGACGUUACACCUGCGCUCCAACAGCCUGACGACAAUCACCCUGCGGACGUUCCUGGAGUGCCGGAGUCUGGAGUUCUUGGACCUGGGGUACAACCGCUUGCGGACUCUCUCCCGCACCACGUUCAUCGGCCUGCUGAAGCUCACGGAGCUGCACCUGGAGCACAACCAGUUCUCCAAGGUCAACUUCUUCCUCUUCCCGCGGCUGCUCAACCUGCAGGCCCUCUACCUGCAGUGGAACCGCAUCCGCUCCGUCACACAGGGUUCCCCCUGGACCUGGUACACCCUGCAGAAGCUGGACCUGUCCGGGAACGAGAUCCAAACCUUAGAUCCGGACGUGUUCCGCUGCCUUCCUAACCUGGAGGUCCUGAACCUGGAGUCCAACAAGCUGAGCAACGUGUCCCAAGAAGUGACUUCAGCCUGGAUCUCCGUCACCAUCAUUAAUUUAGCGGGCAACGUCUGGGACUGCAGUGCCAGCAUCUGCCCCCUGGUGGCCUGGAUGAGGAACUUCCGGGGCACCAAAGACGCCACCAUCAUAUGCAGCAGUCCAAAGGCUCUCCAGAGCGAGAGAGUGAUGGAUGCUGUGAGGAACAACACGAUCUGUGAGGAGAUCGUGACAGAGAUGCCAACCUCUCCUCCUCUGCCUCCUACCUCCCCCCCCCAGUGCUUACCACCCGCCCCCCCCUAGUGCUAACCACCCGGCCCCGCCCCUGUCACCGCCACCCUGAGAACCCCCACAAAGCCACCCGCUGCACCCCCCAUCCAGCGGCGUGUCCCCCCAGCGGUGGUCCCGGUCUGGAGCAAUCAGGAGCCUGCGCCGCCCCCCUCCCCUCCCCCGAGCGGCCCCUCCUUCACGCCCGAGCCCGACUUUGAGCACAUGACCUUCCACAAGGUGGUGGCGGGCGGGGUGGCGCUCUUCCUGUCGCUGGCGCUCAUCCUGCUGGUGAUCUACGUGUCGUGGCGCCGGUACCCCGGCGGCAUGCGGCAGCUGCAGCAGCACUCUAUCCGGCACAAGCGGCGGAAAAAGGCCAGCGAUCCGCCCGAGCACAGCAUCAACUCGCAGCUGCAGGAGUACUACCUGAGCUACAACCAGGCCAACGCAGAGACGCUGGACUCGCUGGUGAACGGGGCCUGCACCUGCUCCCUCUCCGGCUCCCGCGAGUGUGAGGCUGAGUACCCGAGCAGCAGACCCUUACCAGGUGCCUGGGUUGGAGACAUCCCCACCAUCCACUGA